GGGCUGGGGGCAGUUCUCUCCUCACUUGUAAACUUGUAGUUUCACAGAAAAAAAUGCAGUUUUAAAUAAAUUUCUUUUUUCCCUGGGUUUAGUUGAGAAUUAUUUUCAAAAACAUGAGGAAUCCUAGAAAAAAUAUUUUUCUCUCAGAAAGCCUCAAACAGGUUUUCCCCAAGUCCCCCAGCCUUGCCCUCACCACCCAGGCCCCACGUUUCACCCUUGCCUCCUCUCCACAGAAACAGCCUGGCCUGAUCCCUGUUGCCUAGCAACCUUGCCUAAUAGAGAUGGGGCUCCAGUGGUCCAUGAGGCAGCCCUCUGCAGGCUCAUGGAAUAGGUUGGGGGUCUUGAGGGGAUGAGAGACCCUAGAAGGUGUACUCCCCACCCCCAUGGAUGUGGCUGUACCCAGAGGCUGGCAGUGCCCAGGGGUGGGGUGAUAAUUGUUUCUCCUGGUACCUGAAGGACUCUUAUCCGAGUGGCAUGAAUUCCUAGCAUUCCCUGUGACUGGACAAGAUGAGGAGAUGGGGGCAGGGGCCAGGAAGGAGGGAGCAAGCCCUUCCUAGGGCGGUGGCCACAGCAGUGAGAGGGGCAGACAGAACCAGGAGCCUGGGCAGGAAGCAGGAUGGCAGCAGGGGCAGCGGCCGGAGCCUGGGUGCUGGUCCUCAGUCUGUGGGGGGCAGUAGUCGGCAGUCAAAACAUCACAGCCCAGAUCGGGAAGCCACUGGUGCUCAACUGUAAGGGGGCUCCCAAGAAACCACCCCAGCAGCUGGAAUGGAGACUGAAUACAGGCCGAACAGAGGCUUGGAAGGUCCUGUCUCCCCAGGGAAGCCCCUGGGAUAGUGUGGCUCGUGUCCUCCCCAACGGCUCCCUCCUCCUGCCUGCUAUUGGGAUCCAGGACGAGGGGACUUUCCGAUGUCGGGCAACGAGCCGGAAUGGAAAGGAGACCAAGUCCAACUACCAAGUCCGAGUCUACCAGAUUCCUAGGAAGCCAGAAAUUGUUGAUCCUGCCUCUGAACUCAUGGCUGGUGUCCCCAAUAAGGUAGUGGAAGAAAAGGGGAGAGGUAGAAAGUGGUCACUCUUUCCUCAGGUGGGGACAUGUGUGUCCAAGGGGAGCUACCCUGCAGGGACUCUUAGCUGGCACUUGGAUGGGAAACCCCUGAUACCUGAUGGGAAAGGACUGUCUGUGAAAGAAGAGACCAGGAGACAUCCUGAGACAGGGCUUUUCACACUCCAGUCAGAGCUGAUGGUGACCCCAGCCCGGGGAGGAGAUCCUCGCCCCACUUUCUCCUGUAGCUUCAGCCCUGGCCUUCCCCGGCGCCGAGUCCUGCACACAGCCCCCUUCCAGCUCAGUGUCUGGGAGCCUGUGCCUCUGGAGGAGGUCCAUCUGGUGGUGGAGCCAGAAGGUGGAGCAGUAGCUCCUGGUAGUACUGUGACCCUGACCUGUGAAGCCCCUGCCCAGCCCCCUCCUCAAAUCCACUGGAUCAAGGACGGCACACCCCUGCCCCUUCCCCCCAGCCCCGUGCUGCUGCUCCCUGAGGUAGGGCCUCAGGACCAGGGCACCUACAGCUGUGUGGCCACCCAUCCCAGCCAGGGGUCCCAGGAAAGCCGUGCUGUCAGCAUCAGCAUCAUUGAAACAGGAGAGGAGGGGUCAACUGCAGGCUCUGUGGGCAGGCCGGGGCUGGGAACUCUAGCCCUGGCCCUGGGGAUCCUGGGAGGCCUGGGGAUGGCCGCCUUGCUCAUCGGCGUCAUCAUGUGGCGAAGGCGACAACACCGAAGAGAGGAGCGGAAGGCCCCAGAAAACCAGGAGGAGGAGGAGGAGCGUGCAGAGCUGAAUCAGUCAGAGGAGCCAGAGGCAGCCAAGAGCAGUGCAGGAGGGCCCUGAAGGGCCCACAGCUCGACCCCAUCUGUCAGUUCCCUUUUGUUUUUCCUACACUCCGUUCUGACCCCAGACCAAUUCUCCCCUGUACAACAGCUAUCCCACCUCACCAAACUGUCUUCCACAGCCAGAGCCUCCCACAGUGAUGAGUAAACACCUGACACAUUUUG